AUGCCCGUCUCGACCGAGUACCUCUCCACCGGGGCAAACAGACAGACCGCCGUCGCAGACUGGCAUAGAGACGGUCUCGUUGCUUUUGGCGCAGACUCCAACGUUGCCUUGUGGGAGCCGACGGCCGACCCCCCCAGAGGCGUCACAAAGCUCCUGAGCGCCCACACAGACAUCGUCAGGGCCGUCCAGUUCCUGCCAGCCGCGGACGGCGACGAGUCGACCUACCUGGUCACCGGGGGAGAUGACAAGACCCUGGUCGUGUGGAAGGCCCCGGUAAGAUCGCAGAACUUCACCGUCGUCCAGACGGCCGCCGCGGGGAGCGACGACGCCCACGCCGGCGCCGUCAACUGCCUGGCCAGCCUGAGACUCACCUCCCCGGCGCAUUCCCCUCGGCCGCGAUGGCUCCUCGUCACCGGCGCCGCCGACGCCACCAUCAAGGUGUGGGAGUUCGCCGGCGACGAGCUGCGCGCGGUGCAGUCCAUCCAGACCGUGCCGAAGCUCUUCCCCCUGUCCCUGGCCCUCAGCCCGCUGGACCGGGACGGCGACGUGCUCGUUCUGGCUGCGGGGGGCACCAAGGACACUAUCCAGAUCCUCACGGCCCAUGUCGGAGCCGACCGUGACGGCCACGGCGACGACCGAAGCAGCAUCCGCUUCUCCGUGCAGGCGCGCCUGUCGGGACAUGAGAGCUGGAUCCGGUCCCUCAGCUUCACGCGCGAGUCGCCCCGCGACCCGGCGUCGGACCUGCUCCUCGCGUCCGCCAGCCAGGACAAGUACAUCCGCAUCUGGCGCGUGCGCGAGGGCGCCGAGCUCCCCGCGCGCGCGGCCGAGGGCGCAGACCCCCUGAGCGGGGCGUACCUCCCGGGCAGGUCGCCGUCCAACAAGGCGCACAGGCUGCGGCCGGCCGGCCGGGACUUCUCCGUCACCUUCGAGGCCCUCCUCCUCGGCCACGAGGACUGGAUCUACAGUGCUCGGUGGUACUGCCACGACGAUGACGAGUCCAUCACCAAGGGGGGCGGCGGCACGCUCCGCCUCCUAUCCACCUCGGCGGACAACUCUCUCGCCAUAUGGGAGGCCGACGCCGACUCGGGCAUCUGGGUGAGCACGGUGCGCCUGGGCGAGAUAAGUAGGGAGAAGGGCGCGACGACGGCGACGGGCAGCACCGGCGGCUUCUGGACCGGGCUGUGGUCGCCCGACGGCCGGUCGGUGGCCUGUCUGGGGCGCACCGGCAGCUGGAGGAGGUGGCGGCACGACGCGGCCGAGGACGCCUGGAGGCCGUGCGUUGCCGUCUCGGGUCACACGCGGGCCGUGACGGCCGUCGCCUGGUCAGCCCAGGGCGAGUACCUCCUCUCCACGAGCCUGGACCAGACCACGCGGCUGCACACGACGUGGAGCGCCGGCGCGGGGAGGGGAACGUGGCACGAGAUGUCGCGCCCGCAGAUCCACGGCUACGACAUAAACUGCAUCGACACCAUCGGCGGCGGCGGCGGCGGAGGCGGCAGCAACCACGGCGCAUCGUCGCAGUUCGUCUCGGGCGCGGACGAGAAGCUGAUGCGCGUCUUCGGGGAGCCCAAGGCCGUGGCGUCCAUGCUGGAGCGGCUGGCGGGCGUGAGCGCGGGCACGGACGGGGACGUGAGCGCCAUGCCCGACGCGGCCAACAUGCCCGUUCUGGGGCUGUCCAACAAGGCCAUCGACGCCGUGGCCGACGACGACGACGAGAUCGAGGCCGUCGACGACCGCGACCGCGAAGCCGUCGACCCGGCCUCGGUCGUCAGGCGCUCCCACCUCGACAUCGACCACCCGCCCUACGAGGAGACGCUGUCGCGCCACACCCUCUGGCCCGAGACCGAGAAGCUUUACGGCCACGGCUACGAGGUGUCCUGCCUGGCCGCCAGCCACGACGGCCGCCUCAUCGCCAGCGCCUGCCGCGCCAGCUCCGCCAACCACGCCGUCAUACGGCUCUUCGAGACUCGUCGCUGGACCGAGCUCUCCCCGCCGCUGUCGGCCCACUCCCUCACCGCCACCCGCCUGCGCUUCUCCCCCGACGACUCCCACCUCCUCAGCGUCGGCCGCGACAGGCAGUGGGCCGUCUUCUCCCGCCAGCAGCGGGAUCCCUCCGCCGCCGAGGUCGACGCCCCGCCCAGCUAUGCGCUCGCCCAGUCGAAUCCAAAGGGCCACUCGCGCAUGAUCCUCGACGCCGCCUGGGCUCCCACCCCGGCCGGCAAGAGCCCCCUCUUCGCCACGGCCGGACGAGACAAGCAGGUCAGGAUAUGGGCGGCGGCAGCGGCCGAAGCAGGAGCCGAUGGUGAGGAGGCGAAGAAGUUGAACUUUUCACAGACCAGCUCGAUUUCUGCUACGGGACCCGUCACGGCCGUCGACUUCCUGCCCUGGGACGUAGACGGCAAGUACGUGCUUGCCGUAGGCUCCGAGAGCGGCCAGGUCAGGAUACACACUGUCGAUGGUGAUUCUCACUCUGUCGUGACGUCACUGCCUUUUACAGAUGAGUAG